UUUUGUAGCUGGUAGGGUCUCUCACAAGUGGUGCGUUUAGUGAGUUGAUUCUGUGUUUGUGUGGGGAAGGGGUAUAGGAAAAAGCAGAUCACUAAAGUAAGCGAUUAUUCUUUUAGCUAAAAGCACUCAAACGAAUCACAACAGCGUUAGCGUUCGGAAGUUUCUACUAAGGUUAGAGGUCGGUGGGUUUGUACAGCUAUAGAAUCUUGGCUAGCAACUAUGUGUAAGUGUAGCUGUCUGCGUUUGCACAAAAGAACUUAAGAGAGAGAGAGCGAGAGCUGUCCUUUAUUUGAAUGUGUAUCUUGUAAUCUGAUCCUCAAACCCAGGUGCAUUCAGUAUGUUAUUGGGUUACAACCCAGUGUUGCAAGCACUCCUAGGAACUUUCUUGACAUGGGGAUUGACUGCUGCGGGCUCAGCGCUUGUGUUUGUAUUUUCCAGUGGGCAGAGACGGAUCCUGGAUGGCAGCCUGGGCUUUGCUGCAGGGGUCAUGCUGGCUGCUUCUUACUGGUCCCUUCUUGCACCUGCCAUCGAACUGGCUGAAGACUCUGGGAAGUUUGGGGCCUUUGCAUUCUUUCCUGUAGUAGCUGGCUUCACUUUGGGAGCGGCGUUUGUGUACUUCACAGACUUUCUUCUCCCUUGGCUAGGUAUCAGUGAGCCUCCAUACACAGCACUGGCUUUGGACUAUGAUUCAAGAGUGGUGAAAGAGAAGUAUGAUCACCAGCGCAUCCACCACCAAGAGGAGUAUGAAAAUGAGCUGUCCAUCCGGAUAGGUAGAACUUCAUUGCAUUCAGACAAAGGUGAAAAUGGGGAACCUUACCAGAGGAGGAAAGGUAUUGGAGGAAGCCAGCCAGAUGUUCCUGCUCUAUCCCACACUCUCAAGGGAAACACCCCAGCACCAACAAGCAACAGCUGGAGGAGGAUCAUGCUUCUCAUUUUAGCAAUAACAAUACACAAUAUUCCUGAGGGUUUGGCAGUUGGUGUUGGAUUUGGUGCUAUUGGGAAGUCGGCAUCUGCAACCUUUGAAAGUGCCAGGAAUUUAGCAGUUGGGAUUGGAAUUCAGAACUUUCCAGAGGGGCUAGCUGUCAGCCUUCCCUUACGUGGGGCUGGAUUUUCAACAUGGAGAGCAUUCUGGUAUGGCCAAUUAAGCGGUAUGGUGGAGCCAUUAGCGGGCAUUUUUGGUGCUGUGGCUGUGGUACUAGCAGAGCCUCUCCUUCCCUAUGCCCUGGCUUUUGCUGCUGGUGCAAUGGUUUAUGUGGUGGUGGAUGAUAUAAUCCCAGAAGCACAGAUCAGUGGCAAUGGGAAGCUGGCUUCCUGGACCUCCAUUUUAGGAUUUGUGGUCAUGAUGUCCCUUGAUGUUGGACUUGGAUAAUAGAAGAUUCUUUCUCUCCCUACAUUUUUGACUUUCAGAAUCUAUAAAUCUAGCCAAAAUGCACAUCAGAAACUGGAACUGGAACUUUGUAUAUGGCGUAAUCCUACUGAUCUGGGUUGAUGUUGAUUGCCUUUAAUUAUAUUGACUUUUUAUUUGCCAUAAUAUUGUGUCGAUGGCUUAAGGAAACAUGGAAAGGUCCCCUCACCCCCCACCAUCUCCCUUUGCUUUCUUCUGUUGGGAUGGCAGUAGGAAAAUAUUGCUAAAACUGCAAGGAAUCGAAUAUUCCUAAUUUUGAAACAGGUUUUCAUAUCCAUAAAGGUCAGGUCUUAUCUGUGAAUAUCUUCACUGUGUGUAAGCAAAGCUUGUCAUGUUUUAUAAUUGAAAGAUGCCGUCUUUAAGAGAUUUAAGUCUUAUGUGCUGCAUUUGGCACCCACCUACAAGAAUGGUGUGUACCAAUGCAUUCUUCAGAUCUUUGGAAAUAUUGGGAUUGUUCUAGUUGCUAAAAUGGUUAAUAAGAGUUUUAAUUAAUAGUAUAAAUGGGCUCAUGGGAGGGUGUGAACUUUCUGGUGUGGAUCCCGUGUGGAUUAAAGGAUCAUAUUUUCUUUUUCAAAUGACAGGGUGUAUGUGGCAAAUAUUUGAAGUGCACUGCCUGUUAUAGGCCCAUUCCUUUAUUAAUAUGUCUAAUCUGGAUAAAAAAAAAUAACCCUCA